AGGGACCAAAAUAUAAUAACACAGAGCCGUUUUGCUUUCUCGUACGAGAACCUCCUAGACCUUUCCUUAAACUGUCGAAACUCGAGACUUCUCCAGAAUGCACACUUUUGUCUAUUUCUCACAAGUCCUUUUGUUUUAUAAAUCCUUUCUUUCUCCCCCAAAAAAAAAACUUGCAGAAAAAAACGAUCAUAAACUGCAACAGGCAACAUACUACUAAUUUUCAUGGCAACUACGGCACAAAUCCACUGCCCAUUUCCCCAAACAGGGAACAAGACCCCUUUUCCGGGCCCUAAAACGAUCAAGAAAACGCCGUUUAUUACACUAAGUACGAGGGGGAGGAACGAGCAACAACACAAGACGCCCUUGAGAGUGGUGAGCGAGAAAGUGGUGGGGAUCGAUUUGGGCACCACCAACUCCGCCGUGGCGGCGAUGGAAGGAGGGCAGCCCACCAUCGUGACCAACGCCGAGGGGCAGCGGACGACGCCGUCGGUGGUGGCGUACACGAAGUCCGGCGACAGGCUCGUGGGGCAGGUCGCGAAGAGGCAGGCGGUGGUGAACCCGGAAAACACGUUCUUCUCGGUGAAGAGGUUUAUUGGGAGGAAGAUGAACGAGGUUGACGAGGAGUCGAAGCAGGUUUCGUAUAAAGUGGUGAUGGAUGAAAAUGGGAAUGUCAAGCUUCACUCCCCUGCUACUGCCAAAUCGUUUGCUCCCGAGGAGAUCUCUGCUCAGGUCUUAAGGAAGCUUGUGGAUGACGCGUCGAAGUUUUUGAACGAUAAGGUGAGUAAAGCAGUUGUAACUGUACCGGCGUAUUUCAACGACUCCCAAAGAACCGCAACUAAAGACGCUGGUCGUAUAGCUGGAUUGGACGUUCUCCGUAUUAUUAACGAACCCACUGCCGCUUCUUUAGCUUACGGCUUCGAGAAAAAAAGUAACGAAACCAUUCUCGUUUUUGACCUUGGAGGUGGUACAUUCGAUGUUUCAGUUCUUGAAGUUGGAGACGGAGUUUUCGAGGUUCUUUCCACCUCAGGUGACACACAUUUAGGUGGUGAUGAUUUCGACAAGAGGAUUGUUGACUGGCUUGCCGGUAGCUUCCGUAAGGACGAAGGUAUUGACCUUCUUAAAGACAAGCAAGCUCUCCAACGUCUCACCGAAACUGCUGAGAAGGCGAAGAUUGAAUUGUCUUCGUUAACUCAAACUAAUAUAAGUUUGCCCUUUAUCACUGCUACUGCCGAUGGUCCGAAACAUAUAGACACGACGAUAACACGUGCGAAAUUUGAGGAUUUGUGCUCCUACUUACUCGACAGGCUCAAAACUCCAGUCGAAAAUGCGUUGAGAGAUGCUAAUCUUUCGAUCAAGGAAAUCGAUGAAGUAAUUCUAGUCGGGGGGUCCACUCGAAUCCCUGCUGUACAAGGUCUUGUAAGAAAAAUGAUCGGUAAAGAACCGAACGUAACUGUCAAUCCAGACGAGGUUGUUGCACUCGGAGCGGCUGUUCAGGCUGGUGUUUUGGCGGGUGAUGUCAGCGAUAUCGUGCUAUUGGAUGUUACACCCUUGUCGCUCGGUUUGGAAACUUUGGGCGGUGUAAUGACGAAGAUAAUACCGAGAAAUACGACUCUACCGACUUCUAAAUCGGAGGUUUUUUCAACUGCGGCCGAUGGGCAAACGAGCGUUGAUAUAAAUGUUUUGCAAGGUGAACGAGAAUUUGUGAAAGACAAUAAAUCGCUCGGAAGCUUCCGUUUGGACGGAAUACCACCUGCCCCACGUGGGGUCCCGCAAAUCGAAGUGAAAUUCGACAUAGAUGCAAACGGGAUUCUCUCCGUAACAGCUGUCGACAAAGGAACUGGGAAAAAACAGGAUAUCACUAUAACCGGUGCCAGCACAUUGCCUAAAGAUGAGGUGGAUAAGAUGGUGAAAGAUGCGGAAAUAUACGCAAAGGAAGACAAAGAGAAGAGAGAAGCGAUCGACACGAAGAAUCAAGCGGAGUCGGUUUUGUAUCAGACCGAAAAGCAAUUGAAAGAAUUGGGAGACAAAGUCCCUAGUGAUGUAAAAGAGAGGGUGGAGAGUAAAUUGAAGGAUCUUAAAGAUUCCCUCGCCGGUGGGUCCACUCGAGCAAUCAAGGACGCCACGUCAGCGCUCAAUCAAGAAGUGAUGCAAUUAGGACAAUCUUUGUACAGUCAGCCUGGUGGUGCCGCCGCCGCCUCAGAAGGAUCUACUUCUUCUUCUAGUGCUAAAUCAUCGGAUGGAAAUGGAGAUGUUAUCGAUGCCGAUUUCACCGAGAGCAGCUGAGGAAUAUGUAUCUAAGCGCGCGUAUAUUUGUGUAACAUCAAAGUAAAUAAUGCUUAUGUAUGUAUAUGUAAUCUUUUGCUUUGCUGAUUAAGAUAAAGGCGACACCUUUUUUAC